GUUUACAAAGCCCUGCGCAGGAUCUGGCAGCGCACUAACGAGCCCGCGCUCUCCUCUGAUAACUCUCGGAUUUUUGUUGUUGUUGUUGUUGCUGCUGUUGCUGUUUCCUGUGGGACACACACGAUUGACUCGCACAGUUCGGCUGCACCUCUCGACCCACCAGGACAACCAGAGAGACUCCAGUGCUUUUGAUAUGGCAACCAUGGCCCCUCCCUCCUUCUUCCUGCUUUGUUGGCUCCUCCGAAUGGCCAGCCCGGCGUUCCCAGAGGAACCGGGGCCCCUGAACUUCAUCCCCACCGAAGUGGCGAGACGAUACCCGGUGUUUCUGGGCCGACCCCACCGGACGUGGUUGAGACAAGAGCCGCUGCACAUCCAGAGGAUCCUGCAAGUCAAUCGGACGCUCUACAUCGGAGCCAGGGAUGACCUUUUCCGUGUGGAGUUGGACAUCGUCGCAGGAGAUGAGAUGUUCUACAAUAAGAAAAGAACAUGGGAGUCCAACAAGAACGACAUCAGGAUCUGCAGGAUGAAGGGCAAACAUGAGGAUGAAUGCCGUAACUUCAUGAAGGUGCUGCUCAGUAGACAAGGAGGCCUGUUUGUGUGCGGGACCAAUGCCUUCAACCCGCUCUGUGCCAACUAUACCGGAGACACUCUGGAGAUGGUUGGAGACACGGUCAGUGGGAUGGCGAGAUGCCCUUACGACCCCAAACAUGCCAACGUAGCUCUGUUUGCAGAGAGGAAUCUGUUUACAGCUACAGUGACUGACUUCCUGGCCAUUGAUGCAGUGAUCUAUCGUAGCCUUGGGGACAGUCCAGCUCUGCGCACCGUCAAGCACGACUCCAAAUGGUUCAGAGAGCCAUAUUUUGUCAAUGCUGUGGAGUGGGGACCUCACAUCUACUUCUUCUUCAGAGAGAUAGCCAUGGAGUUCAAUUAUCUGGAAAAGGUGAUGGUGUCGCGUGUGGCCCGGGUGUGCAAACGGGACCAGGGCGGGUCUCAGCGCGUUCUGGAGAAGCAGUGGACGUCCUUCAUAAAGGCUCGUCUGAACUGCUCCGUCCCCGGGGAGUCCCACUUCUACUUCAACCUGCUCCACUCCACCAGUCCCAUCAUCAGGAUGCAUGGCAGGGACAUCAUCCUGGGCGUGUUCUCUACACCAUCUAACAGCAUCCCGGGUUCGGCGGUGUGUGCCUUUGACAUGGAGCAGCUGGCGUCGGUGUUUGAAGGGAGGUUCAAGGAGCAGAAAUCACCCGAGUCCAUUUGGACGCCUGUUCCAGAUGAAGUCAUCCCGAAGCCAAGACCCGGGGGCUGUGCUGUUCAAGGAUCCAGAUUCAAUUCGUCCAACUCGUUCCCAGAUGACAUGCUCAACUUCGUCAAGACCCACCCGCUGAUGGAUGAAGCUGUGCCAUCACUCGGGCAAAGACCCUGGAUAGUCAGGACUAUGGUCAGGUACCAGCUGAAUAAGAUCGUGUUGGACACAGAAGCCGGGCCACACAGAAACAGAACCGUCAUGUUCCUCGGGUCGAGCAGCGGGAGCAUCCUCAAGUUCCUCAUCAUGCCCAACCAGGACAACAGCAUCACCACCAGCAACAUCUUCCUGGAGGAGCUGGAGGGAUUCAACCCUGAUAAGUGUGCUGAAGACUCCCCUCAGGCCCGGCAGCUCUUGUCUCUGACUCUGGACCGGCCGAGCCACAGUCUCCUCCUUGCCUUCCCCUCCUGUGUGGUCAGAGUGCCGGUGGCCCGAUGCCAGCUCUACUCCCGGUGCAUGAAGAACUGCAUCGCCUCUAGGGAUCCUUACUGUGGCUGGACUAGAGGAAGCACUUGCUCCUUCCUCAGACCUGGGACCAGACUGCCGUUCGAGCAAGAUGUCGAACAGGGGAACGUGGCCCACUUGGGUGACUGUGACGGGAUGCUGCUCCAAGAGAGUUUCAUCGAGGAGCCUGACGGCCUGGUGUCUGUGAACCUGCUGGUGGUGUCUGCAGUUUCAGCCUUCGCAACAGGAGCCGUCCUCUCCGGUCUCACCGUAUGCUGGAUAAUGAGUCAUCGUCACCGCAACUCCCGCAGCUCUGGAGCUAACGGCGCCCGCCGCAAAAGUGACAAAGAGCAGAGCAUGCUGGGACAGGGCCGCAGCGGCUCUGUAAUGAGCGUAACGCGAACCAGCGGCGGAGAGAGGCGGAGGUCACAGGUAGACAACCCCUUUGUCACGCCCAACGGCUGGCCUAAAGGAGAUAUGGAUCCGGGAUUGUUGCCGACCCCGGAGCAGACUCCACUGCAGCAGAAACGGGGCAUGCAUCUUCCGGACACUGACUGGGACCAGAGCCAGACCUUCCUUACCGCUGUGGGGACACCCUGCCCCAAUAACUCUGUCAUCUACCUGAGCUCCAAGUACCUGCACGGAGGUGUUGGAGGGAUGGUCCGGAUAGAGGACCCAGGGGAAGUUGUGCUGCCCCUGCACACAGAGCGCCAGCGCUACCUGAUCUUAGCCACCCAGAGAGGGGAACAUGGCGGCAGCCGUCCCAGUGGCACCCUGAGGAACUCAGCAGGGGAAUAUAUCUACCCCGCCACACCACAGGACUCCCCAGACAGACGGCGGGUGGUUUCUGCUCCCACGCCCCACGACUAUGGCGAGCCCCGUUGGAGUCACGAGGUGCUCAACUACAACAGCAACAAUGGGGCGCCGUAUCACGCUCAGCGCCAGGGCCUCAUCAGGCCAGACAUGCAUGGGCCUCGAGGGCUGGGGGAACUGGCUGACUUCAGCCAUCUUCUAGUGAAGAACAUGGGAGAGCGUGCCCCUAGUGGCCAGUGAGGUGAAGUGUCAGAGCCCUGACACCAAACUCUCUCUGAACGCUCAUUCCCUCCAAAAGUAAACUGGAAGAAGUCCACCCCCAAGACUCACUGUCCCAGGUCUAACCUUUCCCUGUCUGUCCUCUCUCACUGUCAUUCAAUGUUCAAUGACGUCAUUCAGCUGACUGAAGAGAGAGAUGGAGAGAACAGAAACAGAGAGAGUUGAAAAGAGGAGAACGCUCUCCCUCACAUUUUCGUUCCUCUGCUCUUAAUCUGGGGCGCACCCCUCUACUCUGUUUGUGGAACGGCCCAGAGAGUGUGACUUUGACACCACAGGACAAACAGUGCGGCACAGAGAGGGGUGUAAAAGGACGGGGAAUCUUCUAAAAAAGACUGUUUGGAGAUUUAAAUAAGAAGACAAUUUCGCUUGUAGCGCCAAAUGUGAAAGAUCUCCCUCCACCAUUUUGUUCACUGUUUUGACGCCAUGGAUCUUCUUUGGUUGUGACAUUUUUGUUUCUGCCUUUUUUUUGUGCCAGUGGGCAUCCAGCAGAAAACAAUUUGCUCUACUCUGGAUUUCAAAUGGGACAGACACUGUUGUAGCCGUGCCAGAGGGCAGUGACUCUCAAUGAAUCCUGCAGUGUGUGCGUCUGUGUGUCUAUCUGACUGUGUGACUGUGUGAAUGUGUGCGGUCACGACAACCCCAACCAGUGUCCUGUCCAAACUGUGAAGAAUAACUAUAUAUUGAAGUUUCUGUAAACAAUCACAGAGAGAUAAAUGUAUUUUAUUAUGUGUCUCUGGAUGUGUUAACCAAUCAGAGGGGUGGGUUGUUGAAGGGUUGAGUAAUUUUUUGUGAUUCCCAAUACCUCAUGAGCAGCACUGGACAGAGCCAUGAUGAAUUGAAAGAGAGCAAUAAUGAGCAAGAAACAUAUACGGAUGAAGAUAAAGCCAAUUUAAUUUGAUAUUUUUUUAUGAUACUAGUUUUCUCAGCAAAGCAAGCUAAAGCGUAGAGACGUCAGGAAGAGCAGGGCGCUGGGGAAAGGAACAAUAUCUCCGCUCCAUUCUUCUCUCCCUCGCUCCCUCUCAGUAUGCCCGGGUCUGUCUGACCUGACCUGAGGCCUCCCUGGGCUCCGCAGCCCAUUUGAAAAGGGGGGAAUGUGAGCUGUGGCUGUCUGGCUGUCUGACUGAGGCUCUGAGGCUCGGCCGCUUGGGACCUACAUUGAGCCUCUUCUGCCCGACACUGAGCCUCUUUGUGCCCCAGAUGCAUGAGGAGACUGCGGCAACAAAUAGCCGUUAAGAGUCAGAAACCUAGCCCAGAACCACAGCCUAGCAGAAUAUCAAUGAAGAGGACAGCGGCUCCAUCCGUCAUGUGAGAUGUACCGACCGGGCCCGGGCAUCUCUUAAUGCUUCACCCAGUUGCCAGGAUAGGGAGGAGCUGAGGGCUGAAGCGGGGGCUGAGGCCAGGGUUGGGGCACUGCUAACGGUCACAAUGGUCAUCCCUUGUGGUUUUAUCCCUUUCUGUCAUUCAGUGUGUUUCCCAACAAAAGCGGGAUAAAGAACACAGAUGGGCAUGGGUGUACUAGGGUGUGGAGUUACUCUUUCUCUCCGUUGUCUUUUGAUGUUUUCUGUUUUAUGUCCGUUCUCAUCCGUUCUUGAUUCAGAUGUAGAUCCAGAUAUAGUCUUAGUUCACCUGGGUCACAGUGGUUGUUUUGUGUGUCUGCGUGCGUGUGUAAGUCUCUGAGGGCUUGUAUCCACGAAUGUGUUGCUCAUAUUGAGUGUGAAAAAACCUGCUUUGAUCAAAUUUAUAGUCAUCCUCACCCUCCUUCCUUUCUCUGUUGAGUCACUUUUUUGUGUUGUGCAGCAGCUCUUUGCUUGACAUUCACAAAUCUGUGAUAACAGUGUCACAGCCUGGGAUCAGUAAACGCUGUACAAAAUACUCAAACCAUUAUACAGAGCACAAAGAUGUGCAGAUAAGACGGAGGUUAUGGGCUGUGCUUUGUUGAAGGGACAGAUGGCAGAUACCAACAUUAUAAAUUAUUAAGUACAAAAGCUAGGGCCGAGAAUUGUUUGGAGUUUUUCUGAAACUAAUGCCAAUAUGAUAUGACGCCUUUGAGAGCAAACAUAUGUUUUCACAAAACCCUGUUUUUCAUUUAAAGCAAGUCUGCGUUGCUUUGUAUUAUGUUUGACGCUUUCGGCUCUGGUUUACUGAACUGUCAUGAAACAUUCACUCUCACAGAUCUUAUCAGGGUCGUUUUGGGCCUCAUCAGGCAGCUGUUUUCAACAAUAAUGCUUCAAUGAUCAACGCAACCUGGCAGCAACAGACAGUCAACGUCAGUGACUAGCUAGUGGACAUACUUGAACAUUUAGCAGCUAAAGAUGCAGAUCCAAGGGUUGGUAGAGACUAAAAAUGGAGCUUAAAGGAGAGUGAAUAUGAGAGUGCCUUAAUUAGGUGAACACACACGACUUCAAAUGAAUGAUAUUGUUGACAAACAGCCAUAUGCCAACACAUGAGCCCCAUAGUUCUAAAAUGCAUUUCAUGUAAAAAACUAUCAUUUGAAGUGAUGGAUAUGAUUUGAAAUGAUUAAAUGCUAAGGCCUAUAUGAUUAGGAACAAUACAUUUUUCAAUACCGUAUGUUAAGAAAAGUUUUUAACGCAAGGAGCCGAAGCAAUGGAGCGUUACACACUCUACAUUCAACAAUAAUUAGAUGUAAAUCAAGAACUGGCCAUCCAACACAAAGUUAACAAGAUUGUAAUUCCGACCAGACAUUUGACACCGGCUGACAUUUAGCAUUUUGCUUUUGAUACCCACCCCUAAAAGGUAGACAGCAGAGAGAGUGAGGUGCAGCAGUGUAAGAGAUUUAUGAAGGCAAGGACAGAGGAGGAGGUCAGGCAGGCAAGCACGAUGCUACUGCAUUACAGCCUCUCCACAUUAGAAUUGUGUAUUCUUUACACAUUCUACCCUGAAACAGGUCAUUAGUAUUGAGGAUAGUGGGCUUUCCACCAUCCCGGCGCCUCAUCUCUGUCUCUCUUUAUCUCUCUCCCCGUCUACCCGUCUCUGCCAUGGCCUGCAUUAUCUGUGUGUGUGUAUGUGUCUGUGAAUGAGGCCUCUCUGUCUCGGCCGGUCUGCGCAGCCAGCCGUGUCCUCGCUCCGCAUCUCCUACGGUGUUUCACUAAACAUGCUUGAUUAGACAAAGUACAUUCCCGGCCCUCUAAUGGCCUGAUGAGCCCCUAAGAAGAUUACUACAGACACAUCAGCCCUGAGAGGGAGGUGCACGUUCAACCAGCUAUUUACCCCUGCACUAACCACCAACCACACACACAUGCAUGCAUGCAUAAACACACACACACACACACACACACUUUGUAGGGCCCUUUUACCAAAUACGGGACGCAAUUGAAUUAAGAUCAGAAAUCAAACUCACGCUUGAACUGGCCCGACACUGGCUGGUUCUAGGAAAGGUACAGUGAUGCUAUCUUACUGACUGCGUAAUUUGAUUACCUUAGCUCGACAUUAUGGGGCAUCUAAAGAAUUCAGAUGUAAGCACAUGCAGAUAAUUUCUGUUUAUCAAAGCCAUCAUCCUCCCUCUUCUUUUUACUUACUUCAUGUCAUUCCAGUUCCUCCUCUUUACAACAGCUGCACUUUGUCCUCUUCCUCCGCUUGCCCUUUUAUUCUUAACAGAUUCAGACUAUCUCUCUGCACACACACACACACACACACACUACAUCCAUUUCGUCCUGUUUAUCACUUAUAAAGGUUAGCUGGUUAAUUUACUGAGCUGGUGACAUAAGCAGAAAUCAAAGUAAUUCACAAAAAAAUGCUUUAUUUCACAUCACAUCUUUUGUUAGACAUUUUCAAAGCCGCUCUCAUGGUAAAUUGCUUUCCUUUGCUCAGAAAUUAUUUUGCUUGUAGUUUUUUCAUUUCUUUGUCCCCUGCCUCUGCACACACACACACACACAUUAAAUUAAAUUCCCACCCACCUCUCAUGACCCAGCCUAUGUGUGUAUAUUGUUUUAAACGUGUCUGAAGAGACCAUGCCGUCGUGUGUUGGGGUUGUUUAUGCCGUGUGGCCCAGUGAUGCGAUGCCCCCCCCACAGCCAAUAACUGCCAUCUCGCCCUGCAGUGCUCCGAUGUACUGUACUGUAUGUGCUCUAUGCCCUAGAGAGAGUCCAGAAACGGAGCCUGACUUAUAUUAAACCCACCAUGCAUUGCAGCGAGGAGCAGUGACAUGACACUUCUCAUUUCCAAGUCAACAUCGAACAGAAAAAAAGCACAAAAAAAUCGGAAAACAAAAUCAACAUUUGCAUUUUUGUAAAAUUGUAGAUCUAUUAAGUCCGCACUGAUCAUCUUUGUCAUGUUUGUUUUUCUAUGGUUUGUUUCUGUGGUAUAUAUUUUGUUUGAAAUGAUAUGGGAUAUUAUUGUAUAUGAUUUCAAUUUCAAUUCUCUGGUGUGCUGGAUUUGAUGACAUCAUUGAAGAUGAACCUGAUGACUAUCAUGAUUGCUGUUGUGUUGACAGUGACAAUGAAGCAGUACUGUGAGCAGCGCUGAGCUCUUGUGUUUGGACGCUGAAUCUAAGGUUUAUAAAGAGUCUUCUCUCCCGUAGAGGGGAGUCUCCUGCUACUGUGAAGGACCCCGCUGCCCUACAGCUCUGGCCAGAGUCUGGCCCGCCGUCGGCCCGGGUACCUCGGGGCACAGUGUCAUCAGAUGACAACACAUGUUCCUACUACGUGUACAUAACCUUGAUGCUUACAUGUAAUUAAAGUGCCGUAGCUGCAUGACGACACAGCCUCUGUGUUUGUACAGAAGUAGCGACGUGUGAAUUUGUACAGUACAUGCAAGUGUGUGUGCUUGUGUCCGCAAAGAAAAUCUGUUUGUCGUCACGCAAAGAGCAACAUGUGCAUGCACCCUCCGACAACUGCACAAAGCACACAUACAUUAGACACAUACACAAACACACUCCAGCAGUUGUUCUCCAUUCUCCACGUUGUCCUGAGCUCUGCCUGUCACUCCGCAUGGAGACUUUGCUCUAUGUCAACUUUCUUAUUCUAAUAAACCACUCAGACAUUGA